GAUAAUCCUUCCUUUCUCCCCAUCCUCCUGCACUGAGAUCUUUACAUACUCAAUGAUGACCAUCUCCUCCAACGGAAACUUCAAGCUGAAACACGCUGAAGAGCGAUCCGUUCCGCCAAGAAACGGGAAUAACCGAGCAAGCGUAGUUUCAAUACCACCGGAGACGAUAUCGCAACAUACAUAGAUCUCUUGCACACGCGAAACUCCAGAAGGAAUAUAUAAGGAAAAAUUCAAGCACGAUGCAGAGAAAUCUUUGGCAUGACCGCCUCUUCGCUCUUGAUUACCGGCUUUGGAGUCAGCUACCCGCCGCAUCUGACUGCGACGGAGGACCUCGAUAAGCUUGCGCACAAGUGGUUUCCUUCGUCUCCAGCGCUCGACAAAGUGCUUGCCAUUAAUCGUCGCACAGGGAUUAAGGCCCGUUCAGUCGUCUGCCCACUUGUCGAUCUUCCCUGCCCAUCUUCGGUUCGCGAAUCAUCCGAGAUAUUCAAUCGCGAGGGCAUCCCGUUGGCCAAAUCCGCCGCCCAGGCCGCGCUCGCCGAAGCAGCCUUGUCCGCGGCCGAUGUCACCCACCUUGUCGCCACAACCUGCACGAGUGCCUCUCAUCCUGGCUUCGACUGUGUUCUAUCCAAAGAAUUGAACCUCCGGCCGACGAUCGAGCGGGUCUUGCUGGGCGGUGUUGGGUGCGCAGGAGGUCUGGCAGCGCUCAGGCUCGCGGCUAGUCUCUGCCAGGCGGCGGCUUGGAGAGGCGAGCCCGCGCACGUCUUGGUCGUUGCGUGUGAGAUCACUACGACCAUGGGCAGAGACGAGCUGAGGCGCAUCGCCGCCGAACAGCAGGUGCGCAUCGGGAUCACGUUGUUUGGAGAUGGUGCUGCUGCUCUGGUUCUCUCGCUGGAUCGUCCGUCUGCGAACGGCAUAUACGAGCUCGUCAACUGGACGCAUAUGAUGGUGGCUGAUACGCUGGGUGACUUGCGGUUCGAUCCCGAGGGUACUGGUUUCACGCCGACAUUGUCCCAUCGCGUCCCCGCUCUCACUAGCAAAUGUGUGCCCCAGAUAUUCAGCACUCUACUCUCAUCGAACGCCGCUGCCGCAGACGCCUCCGCGACACUUGCCACUCCACGGUCUGAUUUACGACCGCGCGAAUUCGACUGGGCGGUCCAUCCGGGCGGAGCAGCCAUUCUCACUGCGGUCCAGGAAACGAUGGGCGUUGGGAGGGAGCACUUGAAGGCGAGCUGGGAGAUCUACGAACAGCACGGGAAUAUGAGCUCAGUCACAGUUUUGUGCGUGCUCGAUGCCUUGAGACGUCAUCCAGGCCGGGAGGAGGUCGUCAGUAUAGCAUUCGGACCAGGUGUUGCAGCGGAGGGCGCUCUUCUGCGACGUAUCACCAAAUCAUACUGAUCCUCGCACAAGUAUGUGUGUGAUUGAUUGCAUCGACGAGGAGAUGGAUAUAGACCGUAUUAUCCCACAUGAUUCCGCUAUUCUACACAUGUUAAAUUCUGGCUUCCAAGCUAUUUCUAA